AUGGAUAGUUCUGUUCUUUCAACAGAAUCUAUCUUUGAAAGUAGCAAUUUGAGUGAAAACCAGUGUGAGAGUAAUAGUUUGAUGGCGGGACAACAGGAAUGUGAAGAUUCGAUACAGAACAUGUCUGAAUUGACCGACAAUGCAAGGCGUAUGAAGAGGAACCGAAAUGAGGGAAUAUUACAAAGUGAUGAGGAGAGUGCGGAAGAUUUUAUAGUUGUACGAAGGAAAGCAAAGCGAGUAGCACGAAUACCCAAUAAUAAUGAUAUGCUAGAAGAAGUAUUGUCUAGCCAAGAAAGUAUAGUAGGUGAAACAUGUAUAACACAACAUGAAAGAGGAGUAGAUCUAUUUGUAAAUGAAGAAAAUAAAACCUAUGACACUCUGGAGGAGAACGCUUUUCAAUCAAAUGAAAAUACUACACAAUAUAGAAAGAAGAAGAAAAACAACAAAAAUAAGAAAACACAAAAACAACAAAAUGUAGUAAAUCAUAUCGAAGAAAGUGAAAAUCAAGAAAUAGAAAAGAAAAGCGAGGAUAGGAAUAAAAGUAGGAGUGAAACAAAAAAUAAUAAUAAUUUUGUAACCCUAAUAACAAAACUUAAAGAUAUUGUAUUAUCUGACGAAAUAAACAAAGCCGGAGAUCAAAGUAUACCUUUUAAAAAAAUAUGUACUAAUCCUAGUCAGGUAUUUCAACCAAAAACAUAUUGGGAUUCUUCAUUGUCUCGAGCUAUAGCAGAACGACGUUUGGCUUUAAAAAAAUUUCGACGUAAUCCUAUCCCUAACAAUUUUGAUAAACUUACAUCAAAAAUAGCAGAUGCUCAACGAUUAACUCGACGUGCUAGAACUAAUGAUUGGCAAGAUUAUGCAGAAUACCCGCAACCCACACUUCAUUCGGACAAUGAAGCAUUGCAGCAGGAUUUUUCAUUAGAAGAAUUACAAAAUUGUCUCAAGAAAAAGGAUACUGCUCCAGGGGAUGAUAAUAUUACUUACAGUAUGAUAUACAACUUACCCAAUGAAGCUAAUAGCAGGCAACCAACAGCGGUGCUGCUUAUAUUAGUUGCUUUACAAAAAUUAGAAUACCGUUACCGU